CCUGUCCUUAUGUUUCAGAUCAUCGUCAUGGCGUGCAGGGAAGUGGAAAUGGGCAAGAGAAAGUGUGAACGUUACUGGGCAACGGAUCAGGAACCUGCGACCUUUGGUCCUUUCAUCAUCACUAAUGUAGCUGAGGAGCCUCUGGGCAAUGAUAUGAACAUCCGUACCCUGUCUGUCAACCUGCUUGGGGAGACGAGGACGGUGUUGCAGUUCCAGUACCUGGCCUGGCCCGACCACGGCAUUCCAGAUGAUGUUCACGGGCUCCUGCAGAUGAUUGAGCUGAUUCACCAGCGGUGGGACGAGGCACGGGGUCUCAUCUGCGUGCACUGCAGUGCAGGCUGUGGGCGGACCGGAGUGAUCUGCACGGUGGAUUACGUCCGCGACCUGUUGCUGAACCAGCUGGUCAGCGAGGAGUUCACUAUUCUGGACAUUGUCCGCGAGAUGAGGCGACAGAGACCAGCGGCAGUGCAGACUAAGGAUCAGUACCACUUCGUCUACCGCAUUGUCGCUGAGAUGUUCCGCAGGCAGCUGGAAUCCCGGACCCCCCAUUACCAAAACUGGAAGGCCACUGAGCAGACGCAGCCGGAAGGAAAGCAGCCGGCAGCUUCGAAACCAGCGCUCCUGCCCAAGCCUCGGAGACAGCCAAGAGCCCGCUCGCCGCAGCCACCAGCAGCGGCCAUGUCGGGGCAGGGCACUGAAACCUACGCCAUGGUGUCCCGUCUCAGGCCUGUGUCAGGGGGUCCCCCUCCCACCCACCUGCCCUCGGCUGGGGGGACUCCCGCAUAUGCCAAACGACCGGAGGGGCCGGUUCCCACCCCCCGCCACCUCUACAGCAACGUGGUGGGGGAAGAUCAGAGGGUGCAGACACCCGCCUCGCCCGUCUAUGCCCAAAUGCGCCCGGGGGGUGUCCUGGCAGCAGGGGAGGGCAGCAGUACCAACUACAGCACAAUCCAGUUCAGCAGCGAGCCUGCCAGUGGCCCAGACGGAUCGGGCGAGGACUGGGCCCCCUCCCUCCCCAACCGGACGGCCGACUCGUUCCUGGUGGACGAUCAGGACUUGUCCCGGGCCUCAUCGUUCUCCAGCACCGAUGGGAUAAGUUCCGGGAAGUUACGCAACGCCUUCAGAAUGGCCUUCACAGGAUCGCCCAAGAAAGCUGCAGAGCCCGACAUCGACGAUGGAUACGAAGACAUUGACGACAUCAUCAAGGCGCCGAAACUGGGUUUCAAUUUCCGAGUGUCGAAGCCGAAGGGGCCACGAGACCCCCCCCUGGAGUGGGCUCAGUACGGUCGAUGACAGGGGAGGGGGGCCCGGGCGUCUGCCCCUCCCCAUCGGGGUGGGGUGGGUGUAAACUCAGUAAAAAGCUUUUGUCUGA